AAUUGGGUUCCGCAUCAACAGUUUUUCUCUUGUUAUGUCAGUGACUGAUAGUCAGGCAAUCAGCCAUAUGUCAGCAAAACAAAAUGUGAUUGAUUGGUAGUUACUCUAGCAGCCAGCAGAGAGGCUCCCAUUGAUCUUGUUUGUCAGUCUCACUCAGCUCUCACAUUAAAAACUACAAACAUCUUUUUCCACCCCAUGGCAAAAUGAUUAGAAUUGCAUCAAAUGUGUUAUGAAAUUGCUAAAUAUGAUCUCUGCAUGGCAAAAUGUGUAGAAUUGCAGCAAACUUGCUUAAAACUGUGACAUUUCUGGAUCUGGGGUGAUGGUACAGUAGCCUACCUCUCAAGCAGUAGCAAUGUGUUACACUAUAUUGUGUCUCCUCAUCCACUUCAAUAUAGCCUGAUGUGUCUCACAUUGAAUAGAUAAACUGUUAGCUUUACACUGUCAUUGGAUCACUUGUUGAAUUGCAUAUUAAUAACAUAUUAACACACUAAAAAGCAGUCUAUUCAGGGACCUUUCACUUUGCUCUGGGUUCUGUUGCUUACUGUGUCUCCUCUGCCCCUGUUGGAUAAUGGAAUGAUCCUAUGGCCCAGUAGCAGCUAUUAAUACCACCUUAGUUCCAGCUUCUAUUUUAGGGUCGAAGCUGUUAGGGUAGGGGCUAGCAGCAGGGAACAAGGCAGGGUUCGGGGUCACAAGACACAGACUCAAAACACUGGGACUGGACUCACUUCCGUGUGACGAGGCAGUAUUUCAACCUGGACUCUAUUCAGAAGGCUAAUACCGUGGUGGAUGAAUAUUCUGUUUGUGUGUAUUAUGGUCCUGCGUUCACCUCACCUUUCCCAUCAUUUGUUGUCGACACGUAUCGGGGACGUAUUGAAAGCAGCUUUCUGUUCUUGUGGAGACACACUCAGAGACACGUGAAUUCAGUAUCUUUCUCCUGUAUCAUCAUUAACAGAAGGGGAAAUGGCAAAACCCCCUCCAACCCCUAUCACUUCAGUAUCAUCCCCUACCACUCCAGUAUUUUUUACCCGGAUCAGUGAUCGGGACCUAACUGAGAUCGAGCUACAUUCCGUGGAGUCCAUCAACGACCUACACCGAACCCACCCAGAAUACAACCACAAAGGCAGCAGACGACCUCCUCUUCCUCCUGCUCCCUCCACCAAUGGGAACCCCCAUCUCAGGGACAGACCGGUGGUCUGUCAGACGGGGCAUCCAAUGACAAGUCUAUGGCAGAGGACGUUCCGAGACCUGUUGACGCCCACCUCGUUUCGAUACACCGUGAUAGCACUGAUGCUAUUGAUGCUACUUCUUAUCUUCUAUUUCUUAGUGCAGCAGGGCAGCACUCUCCGGUCCCUAACUAAGGCAGUGAGGGAGAGACAGGCUGCAGCCCUAGAGAUCUCUCAACUCAUCCAGGAGCUGCAGGCGCUGUGCCAUAACCUCUCAGCCAUCACAGGAGGACUCUGAGGAGCAGAGGUCAGAGGUCACUAAAAAAGUAGAGGUCACUGAAAGGAACACCCUUCACCCUCUGGCCCCUCCUGUCCUACAGGCCCCAUGGACACUGAGACUGUUACACCAACAUCAAGUCAAAUCCCUUCCCUGCACAUGGUAUUGGAACUUGGGCCCAUCCAUAAACAACUCCUAGCCCCUACUCCCAUAUGAGCAGAACCCCGGUGUUAUAAAACCCACAGAGAUUGUUUCCUUAUACUGGAUAUUUAUACGUUUGCUUUGGUAGACAUAUAACACAAAGAAGAGACUCAUACAGUAUGCAUGCAGGGUUCUGAACACUUUAUAGCAUCUAUGGGAACCACACUCUUGAACUGACAAUGAAUGUACUCACAAAACUGCUCUGGGAUACAGACAUGGUUCAGGUUCGAUUUGAUCUAACUUUUAGAAGUGGUAUUCUUUUGGAUUUAUGCAUUUGACAGGAAAUGUAUUAUGAAAUGCCACACCCAUUUUGUUACUGAAACAACUGUGCCGAUUUGGGAAAUUCUGUCUGACUAUCACAACUUCAACAUGUCACGAGUGGAAUUGAAUUGUGUUUAAUGAGUACGCCGAGGUAGUGCCUUAGCAUGGCAACUGCCACUGUUCUCAAUUUGAUACACUUGGUGGAAUUGCAAUGAGGCCAUUGUACAACAACUAAUUAAACAAGAGGUAUUAUUAUAUUAUA